AUGGACAUUGAUUUAUGCCCAACUAGUGCUCCGUUAUACUAUAAUAUCAUUCUCUAUACGAUCGCGAUAUUCUCGAUUUUGGUGAAUGCGGUGUGCAUUUGUGUCGUCUUUUUCUCGGCGAGAAUCGACUCAAAUUAUCGAUUUUGUCUGAUUUAUGUGCAGGUCGUCACCUUCACCUUAGAAAUCUGUAUUUCCGCAAUUAAUCCGGCCUAUUUCUUAUUUCCGCUACUCGCCGGCUUCAAUGUCUCAAAAUUCCCAACAUUACUUGACAUCCCGUCGCAUUAUAUACUAGCAUUCUACGGCCUUCUAAUAGUGCUCGAAGAGCCGGCAGUCCUCUCGUGUUUCGCAUAUCACCUCAAUUUCGUCUCAAAGCUUAGCGCGCACGCCACUCCAAACAUGAAAAUCAUUUUCGCUUUGCUCUUCUUCAUUCAUUUCUUCCCAUUCGUUUGCUGCUAUUUGCAAUACAAAUCGGUUAUUGACAACGAAAGAAAGCAAUUUCUUUUGAAAGAGUAUUAUCCAAAUUGCGAACGGCAUCUAAUGGGUUUGCGCGGCUUCGAAAUGUACGACUUCGAAAACCGCUACACCCAACUCAAUUUCUAUUGCGCCAAUGCCAUCAUCUCCUCAUCUGUCGUGUUCGGCCUAUACAUGGCGUUCACCAUCUACCGUACCCUUCGAGGUGUCCGCCAUAUCAUGUCAGCUCACAGCUAUCAAGCGCACAUCUCUGCUCUGUUCAGCCUCGCCGCUCAAUGCAUGAGUCCCGCCGUGCUCAUCCUCUUGCCGUGCGUCUAUAUCGGAAUCGUGAUCUACUACGAUCUUCGCGCUCGACAGGCGUCGGCAACGAACACCGUCUUCUUCAUCGCUUCCCAUUCGAUGGGCUCCAAUCUGCUCAUGCUCCUCACCAAUUCGCGCUACAAGAAAAUUCUUCGGCAUUGGGUGCUCCAAAAAUUACUAAAAGAGCAGAAACCAACACAACAGAAAACUGUAAUGAUGCGACGCGUUCCAAGCUGA